AAGAUUACAGAAUGAUUACAGAAAGUUGCUAUAUACUUGUAAGAUAAAAUUUAAUUUUUAUUCAUAUUAGUUUAUUUAUUUACGUUUUGUGAGUGUUUUAAGUAAAAAUGAUAAAAAAUUAAAUUCUGCAAAUAAUAGAAAGUGGAGUAUUACAAUUAUAGCUACAAAGGAUUUUACUUAAAACAGUUGAUCUGCAUGAGUCCUCUAUGUAAAUAUGCUAUCCUUGCACAUAUGUAAUUGCAUUGAGUGACCAUGAUGAAUGGAUAAUUUUUAUCUUCUUUACAAAUGUAGUCUUAAUCAUAAAUAUGACUACAAAUUUCUUAAACACUAUAACAAAUGCUAUUGAAAAUAGGGAGGAGGAAUUAAAAAAGAGGAAAGAAAAUGCUAAGCUAACCCUUAAAGACCUUAUUCUUUGUAUUGAAAACUGUCAAAGCCGCUUUGGAGGAAAAUCUGAAUUAGCUACAGAAGAUGAUAUAAGAAUAGUCAACCUGUGUGAGAAGUGGGAAAAAGUUCUAAGCCACGGUUUAAGGACAAACUUGUCCAACUAUACUUUACAAAAUUUUGUUACCGCUGGCCUGAAUUUCAAUUUUAACAUUAUUAAUGUUGGUAAUUCACUAUGGAGCUAUUCUUGUCUGCACUUAACAAAACAUGAGAAAGAGAGAUUCAAGAUUUUAACAAAUAUAAACACUCCAUUAGGUUACUUUCGAAGUUUCCUAAGAGCUGCUUUAAAUGAAAGAUCUUUAGAAAGAUAUCUACAAAGUUGGAUUUGUCAUGGACUUUUAUUGGAAUAUUAUGAUGAAGGAGCUAUUGUUCGUAGCGCCGAAGCAAACCUACUUCCUAAUAUGGCUGCAGGGUUAUCAACAGUUUUAUUCGCGUUAUCUAUCGACAGAGCCGAGUUAAAUGAUUCACAGAACAAUAGCCAUAUGACCAAAGCAGAACUCGUUAUACCUCUACCUACACCAGUGAAACCGUCUCAUACAAAAAGAAAACCCUUGAGACAAGUGAUAUCUUUCGACAAAGAGAGAAAGAAUAAGGGAGAAACGCCGACUAAAAGUCCCCCAAUAGAUGGCGUGGCCGAGUCGUGGAACAGCGCGCCAGCCACUUGCUUGAACUCUCCUGAUCCUCAAAUGGCACCCCCCACAGCAUCGACGAGUGAACCGACAAGCUCUGAUUAUAAAACUGGCAUUCGACACUUCUUCCCAGAUGGAGUUAAAUCUAUUGAGAGCCCCUUACAAAUACUAUCAAAGCUAUCGGAAAGCGCGAAGGAAAUCUUCAUGAGUUCAACUAGUAUUGAAAAGAAUCGAGAUGACUCAUCAGAUUUAAGCGUGAAUUGUUUAAAGUUAUAUGAAAGCGAUAGUGAGGAAGUGGGUGGUAGUAUAGACGGAAGUACUUCGUGCUUGGAACUCUGUUUUACAGAGGAUGAGAGUGUACCCGAUGAGAAAACAUUGGAUUCUGUGUUGGAAUGUAGAGAAAAGGAGUUCCUAAGCUUACAGCUUAAGUAUAACCAAAUCGAACAUACAAGUAAGGAUAAGAUACAGAAGCUGGAAAAAGUUGUGAUAGACCUUAGCAAAGAAAACGAUAAACUAAAAGAACAGUUGAGGAACUAUAUGUCAGCAGUGGAAAUGGGAAAAGCAAUGAAAACUAGUAAUGGACAGGAUGAAGAAAUAACUCAGUAUGAACGAAAAUUAGUACAGGUAGCAGAAAUGCAUGCUGAAUUAAUGGAAUUUAACCAACAUCUACAAAGACGAUUGCAAGACUUGGAGAGUACAGGGCUAGAAAUUCUGGACUGUCCGGAAUCCAAUGUUAAAGUGUACAUCCCCAGUGCCUUCCUCGUUGGGAAGAAAACUCACUCCUACCAUGUUUAUCAGAUAUACCUUAAAGUAGGCCAGGAAGAAUGGAAUGUGUACCACAGAUACGCCAAGUUCUAUGAAAUGCAUACGCAACUCAAGAAAUGUCAUCCCGAUAUCGCUAAUUAUAAGUUCCCACCGAAAAAGACGUUACGGAAAAGGGAUGCAAGAGUGGUUGAACAGCGACGCAUCGCACUUCAAGCAUACUUACGUCACGUGUUGCUCGUGUUACCAGAGCUCAGAGAGUGCACGAGUCGUUCACAACUCAUCACUCUUCUGCCGUUUUUUGGUACAUCAUCAACAGUUAAAGAGAACGGCGUAAAUAUCGUCACCCGUCAACAUUCCAACGACUCGGCGUCUACUUACGACCCGAUAUGAUCAUUGUGCGUAAAACAGAAUAGACAAAUAAUUAAAUAGAAAUGGUGACAUACCAAUCAACAUACUAUACAUUUUUAAACAUGUAAGUAUCAGUUGCUGCUGCUGUGUUCUCCUAAAUUCAACAAAAGGCCCUUUAUAUGAGGAAGUAAGCUGUAAGCCUUUGUAUGAGGUAAUGUGUAGCCAUGGUUCCGGUAAUCAAUGGCAAAAUUGUCAGUACAAGAUUUGACCUUGACUCGGAGACAGCUAAAUUGUAAGAUAGAAAUGGUAUUUUUAUAAUUAGGUUAAUAGUGUAUUAGUAGUUACAAUGGUCAGAUCCGAAUAGGAAAGAACCUUCAUCUAAUUAUUUAAAAAAUAUCGUACAUUCGCUCGUUGACGAUUUUUUAUUGUCCUUUGUCAUAUUAAAUAAAACAAAUUUAAUAAAUAUUUGUGAAAAUAAGUUGUAUAUAUUUUGAGUUGAGUUGAAUUCGGAUUUCAAGGGGCGGCCAGAUUACCGAGUAGGUAAUGCUUAAUUAAAUGAUUAUACACACUUUCGUAAACAGUUAAGCUAUUUAGUAGCUUGUCAACAGUUGUGUGAAGGUUCAAGGGCGGAUCUAGUAUAACCGACAGGAGGAUGAUAGUCAGUUUAAAUAUACAAUGUACUAGUGAAAUGGCCAAUUUGUGUCGUUUUUACAGAUUCUAUAAAUAUCCUUUUUUAACAGUACUAUUUAACACUGUGCUGCAACAAUUUUUGCCUAGAGUCAGGGGGUCUUAACCCUCCAUGAUCAGCCUUUGGUUCCUGUGCGGUCUUUUAAAUUUGUUCUUACUUGAAAUAGCACUCUUUGAACGUUAAACUUGCCUUAAACCAAUGAGCAAUAUCGUAUUUAAAACAAGUUCAAAUAAAUUCAGUCAUUCAGAGUUAUGAACUGACAACGAUAAAAAUAGCUAUUAGUCAUAUUAGCUUUUUAAUAGUGUGAUAGUUAUACGUUAUUUAGAGUAGCCACGUGGCAAGAUUUUUAUUUUGGUGAAUUAGAUCAAAUAAUAACAAUUGAAUAUAUAGUUAUAAAAUAAUAAUUUGAGUCGAAAAAUUAUUUUUGUCACGGAUAGUUCAUUUAUCGAGGAAUGCUAUAUAAUAUUACCGAAUUAAUAAUAAAUAAAACCACGACGCAGCACUAGUAUAUUUAUGAUUCAUGAUUAUUAUAUUAAAUUAUUGUAUAUUUUAUAUCAGACAAGAUUUCUUAGAACCAAAUAAUUAUACGCUUUAUUUAUGUUGUUAAAUGUUUCGAGAAUAUUAUUUUAAGUAUUUUAACAUAAAUCUGUGAUAACCGAGUAGCGAAUGUUCAAAAAUGUGAAUCUAAAAUAUCAUGUUAUAGACUAUAUUGUUUAUAAGGCUAUGAAUUUAAAGUUUAAGCUUUUGUUUUAAUGAAAUAAUUCUGUAACCAUCGACAUUAUUUAGGGCUGUUGAAGUAAUUAUUAUUUCUGUUAUUUUUGUAAGUUAUAUUGCUCUAUAUAUUAACAAUAUUAUACGCUGGACCCAUAAUUCAAAUAAUUAAACUAUGAAUACGCUAUUGUGACUUAUCCUAAUAAAUGUUUAUUUCCUUGUUAAUAAAAAAUUAAUCAGUCUAUGCACUAAUUUGACUUAAGUCACCACUUUUCUCUCACCAGGCUUAUUGUUUGUCACAAAAAGACCAUUAUGUAUUCAGUUUUAUGUGGGCCAGUAUGAUCUUUAAUUGCUUGGUUCAAUAGCUACGAAGUGUAAAUGAAACUACAUUUUUAGUUAUCUUGACUGCUUCUUAAUGUAUUCUCACAUUCCAUUAUUUUUUAAUACAUCUACUACUUUUUCUAUAUAUUCAUGAUACUUUAAGAGUUUUAAACACGUCAGGAUUGUGUAAUUUAUGUGAAUAUUUAUUGUUAAUACACAAAUAUAAUUCUAUUA